AUGAAUAAUUAAUUUUUACCUGAUGAAGAUGAUCCUCAAACAAAAGAAGAAAGGAAAAAUUUUUAUCAUUUAAAACUGAUUUUCUAUUAUACAAGAUUUUUGGAAAAGAAACUUCUUUGGGAAAGGAACUUUUUUAAUUAUACAAUGCUCAUGAAAAACCAAAAAUCAAUUAUCCGAAACCCAAAUAAAAAACAUAAGAGUAGUUAGAUGCUGAAAAAGUUAAAACAUAAAAAAUAAUGUCCACAAAAAACUGGUAUUGAAUAUCCAAAAGAAGAACCUAAAAUAAAAUAAUAAUAUUUUCCAAUUGAUUUCAUCUAAAAAAGAAAACCAGAAGCAGAAAUUAAAAAGGAAAUCGAUAAAUAUUAUGAAGGUAGAAAAUACUUUAGACCUGCUAUUUAAGGACAAGAUAAAAAAAAAUUAAUCGAACAAUUAUAAAGAGUAUUUAAAUAUAAAAGAGGAGCAUUACCUAAAGGUGCUGAAUUACCUGAAAUAAUAUUAACAAUAACGAUGCAUUUCUGA